AGGGCAUAGCGAAGCGAGACUAUGAGUUGACCCUGUUCAUUUGUCUUAGAGUCAACAUGGCGUCCGAUAGUGCGGUCUUGUUGCGGCGAGUGGAGGUGCACCGCGUGUUCGCUCCCAAUAGCUCACAAAUCACGAGCACUCCCGACAGUUCCUCCCAACUGGAUGAGAGCAGCAGCCAUGCGGGACACUGCGUGCUACCCUGUACCGCUAGAAGUAGAGCUUCAUACGGUGACGAUCUACAACAUCAGCACGCUUUUGCUCCUCCGAGCAAAGAGUUUCUCCUCUUUCUCACCGCUUCCACACCCACGAACCUUUUUGUCAAGUGCUACGACCACGCCUUACCCUUGCCGAAACAACCGACGGCAACGUUUGCGCUGCCGCCGCUCGCGGAAAUCGGGCUAUGGGCCGAGUUAUCCUGGAAAAAACACCCAUCGUCCCCAUCCAAUUUGUCAUGCAAAACAUGCAUAAAGUCCACUAUUUGUCAUGCAAAAAAUGGAUGGGGAUCGAUGGGUGUUUUUUCCUGGAUACGAGUACUUCGACAUGCUGUUGCCGCAACUCGAUCCCGUGGCAACCAUACGGCUGGAUGAAAACGUGCGCAGUGCAGCAUCGAGUCGCAGGAACAAUCUCGCUAGUCCAGCAGCAGCGCGCGCACCAUCUUCAAACUCGGUCAGCGUCGCCGUUUUGGUUCAGUGGUGCCCGGGGUGCAGAUUCUACAAGGAUUAUCAGCAGCAGCGCGCAAUGAUGAACAGCAGCACGAGGAGAGAACAAAACGAACAGAACCUCCGAAGUGGCGUUGGCGGUGCUGCGGCAGCGAUUCUCUCAGCGCCGGCACAGUUGCUAUCUUCAUCAUCCUCGAGUGGGGGGACACGUGGCAAAGCCCGGCGCCGGCCAUCCGCGACUUUGAAAAACAAGUCUGAGCUGCGGACGGUCUUUCAUUUGCACGUCCCCAUCGAGCAGAUAGCAGGGUCUACUCCUGGAGGUGGACCAGAAGUCUCUCUGAAUGUGGAAAAGCUCACGCCAAGCUGGUGCGGCGUAGUGCUAGAGGAGGGUGAUUGCGUUUGCGUGCUAGAGGACGGCGGGGCGACGGUUCCCGGUGCAACGCGAAGGCAGGAACAAAUGCAAAUGCUCGUCGCGAACACAAAAUUCCGGCACUAUCUGGUGUACUUUUACGCUUUCUAGCUUGAUUUAACAAGUAUGACUGUGCGCACGCUCGCAGCUGCGUUGAAUAAUUCGCAGAGUAGCUGCUGCUAAAACAAUAUUCGGAUUCGGAAUGCGCGAAAAUAUGAAAGUAUAUCUUGUUGCAAUUGCAUUGGUCGUAUGGACACAGGAGUGACGCCUGGCUUCCCUAUUUAUGAUGGAAAGCGAAUGAAAACUGGAACAAUUAUUUCCAGGUACCAUCGGGGCAGCAGCUCCGGCAGACCUCUCUGCCGCCCGGCGUUGGCCGCGCGACGAAAAUUCAAUCGCUGCAGGGCAAGAAGAACAGCGCAAGCUUAA